AUGGCGUUGCAGUGGAGUGUGAGUGUACUCAUAGCAAUCGGCUUCGCCCUCUUGGUGUUUUACUGUUUAUGUCAUAUCAACUACGCUUUAUCCACGACCCCGCCAGAAGUCGAUAAACUUGUAGGGGAGCCAUGGACAGAGGAGAAACUUAAAAAUGCGUAUGAGAAGUACAAGCAGGAAAGACCUGAUUUCAGGAAACAUCUUCCCCCGAAACAGGCGAGAAGGUAUAUCGUGUUCGGAGGCUCAGGUCUGGUUGGCGGCUGGAUCGUUGAGCACCUGAUCAUGCGCGGUCAGGAUCCAGCGACCAUUCGCAUCGCAGACCUGCAGGCGCCACGACGACAGUACGCGGUUGAGAAGAAUGUCCCUUAUUUCCAGACCGAUGUGACGGACCCUACGUCCAUCGCCAGAAUCUUUAAUCAUCCCUGGCCAGCUGAAGCUUCCAAUCUUCCACUCACCGUCUUCCAUACCGUCGCUUAUAUACACGCUGGGCACCGUCAUCCGGACUUACUGCCCAAGUACAUGCAGGUGAAUGUUGACGGGACCAAGAACGUGAUCGCAGCAUCCCGGGUCGCGGGAUGUGAUAUCUUCAUCGCAACGUCCAGUGCUUCGAUCGGCAUUCGACCAUCGAAAUUCAUUUUUCCGCCUUGGGUAAAGUAUCCGGGGACAUUCGUGCAAUUCGCGGAUAAUGCUGAGCCUGAAGACUUGGAUGGCAGUUUGGAUCAGUUUGCGGGGUGUUAUGCGUAUUCGAAGGCCAAGGCGGAAAAAGUGGUUCGGAAUGCCGAUGAUAAAGAAUCGGGGUUCAGGACUGGGGCGAUUAGGCCAGGCCACGCAAUUUACGGGCAUGGCGAUGAGAAUUCGAACAGUGUUGCAUAUGACUAUUUGAGGAGGGGGGAACUUCUGUCGUGGAUGGGGAACUUAGUCGUACAAUUCGUCUCCGCGCAAAACGUGUCUCUGGCGCAUCUCAUUUAUGAAGCGCGAAUACACUCAGCAAAUCCCGACAUAGGCGGCAAAGCGUACUGUGUAUGCGACCCCAGCCCACCAUUCCGAUACAGCGACCUAUUCAGGCUCUUUAGCACCAUCGUACACCCUGCAACACCGAUGAGAUUCCACCGGGUCCCGCCCUUGGUCCUUAUGAUGAUUUCGUACGCUGUCGAGGCGUAUGUGACGAUUCAGCGCCGCUACUUGGGGUUUCUUCCUGAGGUAAAGGGUGACCUUCAGAUGUUACAGCCGGUGAUGUUCAGCUAUUUGACGCUAAAUAUAUUGUAUGACGAUUCGUUGGCAAGGAAGGAACUAGGCUAUAAUCCCGGGUAUGAUACGCUAGAGGGUCUGUGUGAGCAGGUGCUGGAAUGGAACGAGGCUGUCGAGGCAAAGUUGGCAGGCGGUAAGGAGGCGAGAAAUAUGAGGAAAGAUGUGCAGGGCACGAGUUUCGUGGAGAAGACGGUGCCGGUUGCGUCGAGGGGAGUGGCGAAGUGA